AUGCUAGUGACCUAUUUGGAAGGCAGCCGGGACCUUUGCGAGACGGACUCAAUUCUCUUUGGCGCCGCACUGGCAGUCUGCCGUAUUAUAGGCGCCAAACUUUCCACGGCUGGACGCACUACUGGACAAAGUAGUGCUAUCCCAGCCUGGAAAGCAAGAAUUGAAGAACGUAUCGCAAAGGCUAGGGCCCUCAUCGGCAGACUGAUAUGCUUCAGGUCAGGCAAUACCAGGCCAAGGAUUGUGCGCACCGUCAGGAUGGCGUUUGCUGGGAUAAAACAGCAAAAACUGACGGAGCGCAUAGACGACUUGAAGCAGAGAAUCGCUGCUUGGGGAAUGCGGGUUCGGCGAUAUACCGAGAGGUCGACACGUUUCAACCAGAAUCAUCUCUUCCAAAGUGAUCAGAAGAGGCUCUAUAAAUCAUUGGAGCGACCAAUGGUAAGUGGAAGGGGCCCAGUACCGAAUCAGGCCGACACGGUCGAAUUCUGGCGCAGCCUGUGGUCAGAGCCCGUAAACCACAACGAGGGCCCUUGGACGGAAGUUGUGGCGAGUCAGUGUGCGGGUAUUACGCCCAUGGACCCCGUCAUCAUAACGCCGGAUGACGUACCUCUAGAGGUUAUGUCUUAA